AUGUCUUUUGUGGGAAUUGAACUGACGAUCUACAGAUUGCUUUAUGACACUAAUGCUUUACUCAACUCACCUACAGAAGGAAUAAAAAUGCUUCCUUUGAAUGUUGUAGUAAAAGUAAAAGCAAGUGAAUGGGAGCUAUGCCUUGACCGCAUUCAAUCACUUUGUUCAACAAAGUGGAAUAAAUGUAGAAAACUUCGUGCAAGAGAAUUGAUGUAUGGAGAGACAAAAAAAUGUCACCGAGAAGGAUUUUAUAUAUCAGACAGAAAUGUUUGUUUUGCUCAGAAAGACACUAAGCUUUGUUAUUGCGAAGUCACUAUUUUUAUCAAGCAAUACAUCAACAACCCUGAAGUAAUUUUAAUUUGUAUGAUCAACGAUCAUACCAACUAUGUUUCUGGUGACGCUUCUGAAAUUAGAACAUUGCCUUUACCUUCUGAGGCCAUCAAAAUUAUUGAAGAUCAGUUAAAAGGGGGCAGCACUUGUAGAAAUACUAGAAUUUCAAUGAAGAAUUUUCUGUAUAAGUUUCACCCUGAUGAAAAUAAGUCUCUGGAUAUUUGGAUGCGUGAGAAGUUACCAUCACAGAACUACUGUAUCUUUUCUGGCGAUCUUUCUGCAUGCAACAACAAUGCACAGCAUUUUGCAUUUGGAUUUCAAUCAUCAUCUCAAAUGAUGCUUAUGAGAAUUUCCGAGUCGUUUUGUCUUGAUGCAACACACAACAUCUCUGCACGCAACAUUGAAAUAUUAUACUCACUUGUUACUCAUCAUUCUGAUACUGCAAAAGGGUCUUCUGUUGCAUACAUAAUUACAAACGAUCAUAGUGUUGGCCCCAUUAAUCAAUGGCUUCAUAAUUUAGACAGCAAAGUAAAGCUUGAUGCUUCAUACACAUCAGAACAACCUGGCAAAUACAAGUAUGAGCUCAAGGAGUUUAGGCAUUAUAUACAAAGUCAGCAACAAUUCCUGGCUUAUUUCGAACAUAAAUUGAUUGGAACAGAAGAAUUGUUGAGAAGAUGGGAAAGGCCAUAUGUUGCAAAUGACCACCAAAGAUAUUUGACAAACAAUUACAUCGAAUCAUGA